AUGUUCCAGGAGCACCGUCUCGGAGCACCGUCCAAUCAGAACCGCGGGCGGGCUCCCAGCCGUGUGGGCUGGGCUCUGAGACCGCCAGAGGCGCUAGUGUGCACCUGCCCCGUGCGGCUGCAGGUGUCUGGGUCGGCGUCGCGCUCACCUGCCUGGGCCAUGGAGCCACGGGGAGGACGCCAGGAGAGCCUGCAGCGAGGCCGCGAGAUGGACUCAGUGGUCUUUGAGGAUGUGGUUGUGGACUUCACCCAAGAGGAGUGGGCCCUGCUGAAGCCUGCUCAGAAAAAGCUCUACAAAGAUGUGAUGCUAGAAACCUUCAGGAACCUGGUCACAGUAGGUAAGGAAAAUUGGGAAGACCAGUGCAUUGAAGAUAAGCACAAUGACCAGGGGAGACAUUUGAGAAAUCAUAUGGUGGAGAGACUCUGUGACAGUAGCAAAGGUAAUACAUGUGGAGAAACCAUCAACCAUAUUCCAAGUCUUAAGCUGUACAAGAAAACGCCUACUGGAGUAAAACUGUAUGAGUGCAUUCAGUGUGGAAAAGUCUUCAGGCAUCGUUCAUCCCUUAAGAGGCACAAAAGAAGUCAUACUGGACGCAAACUAUAUCAGUGUGAGGAAUGUGGGAAAGCGUUCAGUUGUUCUUCCUACCUAAGGAAUCAUGUGAAAACUCACAGUGGAGAGAAACCCUAUGCCUGUAAACUUUGUGGGAAAACAUUUAUUCGUUCCCACUCCCUCACUGGACAUAUAAGGAGUCACACUGGAGAGAAACCCUAUGAAUGUAAGGAAUGUGGGAAAGCCUUCAGUUGCCCCAAAUCCUUCCGCGUACAUGUGAUGAUGCACAAUGGUGGGAAGCCCUAUGAAUGUAAGCAGUGUGGGAAAGGCUUUAGCUGUCCCAAAUCCUUUCGAGUACAUAUGAUAAUGCACACUGGAGAGAAACCCUAUGAAUGUAAGCAGUGUGGGAAAGCCUACUGUUGGCUCACAUCCUUUCAGAGACAUGUGAGAAUUCACAAUGGAGAGAAACCCUAUAAAUGUGAAAAAUGUGGGAAAGCGUUUGGUUGGCCCUCAUCCCUACACAAACAUGUCCGAAUGCACACUGGAGAGAAACGUGUAAACAUAAGCAAUGUGGGAAGGCCUUCAGUUGGCCCUCAUCCUUCCAAAAAUGUAAGAACGCACACUGAAGAGAAACGCUAUGAGUGUGAAAAAUGUGGGAAAGCAUUUGGUUGGUCCUCAUCCUUACACAAACAUGACAGAAAGCACACUGGUGAGAAACAUAAAUGCAAGCAAUGUGGGAAAGCUUUCAGUCAUCCUUCCAAAAAUGUAAGAAUUCAGACUAGAGAAAAACCCUUUAAGUGUGAAAAAUAUGGGAAAGCCUUCAGUCGGUCCCAAUCCUUCUAA